AUGACCUUCGCCGCCGAUAUUCACACCUUCCAUUCUGGAAGGCCACAGGCUUCGUCCUCUAGCAGCUCCUCCACAUUCAAAUCGAUCGACCCCAGUACCGGAAAGCCCCUCGCUACCAUCUACACCACGACACCAGACCAGCUUAAUGCUGCUGUCGCCUCAGCACACGCAGCCUUUCCUGGGUGGUCCCAGACUCCCGCUCCGAAGCGCGCCGCCAUCCUUCUCAAGGCUGCCACCCUUCUGCGCGAACGCAAUGACGCACUUGCCCUGACCGAGACCCUCGACACCGGCAAGGCCUGGGGCGAGACGUCCACGGUCGAUGUCGUCACCGGUGCUGACGUCCUUGAAUACUACGCUCACUUCAUCGCCGGUGGUAACCCCGGCCACAAUACCGCCCUGCGCCAGGACGCCUUUGUUCUGACUACCCACGAGCCCCUUGGCGUCUGUGCCGGCAUUGGCGCCUGGAACUAUCCCAUCCAGAUCGCCCUUUGGAAGUCGGCCCCCUGCCUGGCCGCUGGAAACUGCAUGGUCUAUAAGCCCAGUGAGGUCACGCCUCUGCACGCCAACACGCUCGCCGAGAUCUACAUUGAGGCCGGCGUGCCCGCCGGCGUCUUCAACGUCGUCUACGGUGAUGGUCCCAGUGCUGGUGUCCCUCUGGUCGCCCACCCGGGCAUUGCCAAGGUCAGCUUCACCGGCCAGGUCAGCACCGGCAGUAAGGUGGCCAGCCAGGCCUCCAAGGACAUGAAGAGCGUCACCAUGGAGCUCGGUGGCAAGAGCCCCCUUGUCAUCCUGCCUGAUGCUGAUGUCGAGGAGGCUGCUGACGUCGCCAUGGUCGCCAACUUCUUCUCCACCGGUCAGGUCUGCACCAACGGCACCCGUGUCUUCGUCCCCGACACUCUUCUUAAACCCGUCGAAGAGGCUCUUAUUCAGCGCGCCCGUGAGGGUAUUCGCAUGGGUCUCCCCCGCGACGAGAGCACCAACUUCGGCCCCAUGGUCAGCGCCGCCCAGCGCGAUAAGGUCAACAUGUAUAUAGACCACGGCAAGAAUGUCGACAAGGCCAGGCUCCUCUACGACGGCAGUGUCGACGCACAGAGCAAGAAGCCCACGGCUGACGGCUUCUGGGUCCCCCCAGUCAUCUUCUCCGACUGCAAGGACAACAUGCGCAUCGCCAGCGAGGAGAUUUUUGGCCCCGUCAUGUGCAUCCUUCCUUAUUCUACCCAGGGCAAGCAGGAGGAUUGGCUUCCCGAACUGAUCCGCCGCGCCAACGACACCCCCAUGGGUCUCGCUGCCGGCGUCGUCUCCUCCGACAUCGGUCUGGCCCAGGACGUCAUCCGCCAGCUAGAGGCUGGCAUCACCUGGAUCAAUACCUGGGGUGAGUCCCCCGCUGAGAUGCCUGUUGGUGGAUGGAAGAUGAGUGGCCUCGGCGUUGAGAACGGCCCGGAGGGUAUCCGCGCCUACACCAGGACGAAGAGCACCCUUGUCCAGCUUGGCAAGGGUGCCUGCAAGGGUGUAUUUUCAAAAUUGUAA